AUGCCUAGACCCUCCAAGCUCUCCCUGAGCACAUCUAUCGGGACAGCUUCCUCUAAAGAUGGCCAUCUAUCGGUGCUGAGUCCUCUGCGUCCUCGAAGCCCUGGAACUCCAAAAUCGCCUCUUUCUCCUCGCCUUGGUACUCGGGACGCUGCCGACGAUGUCGCAAAGGCUGUAGAAGACAACUCAACGUCUCAACCGCAGUCAACUCCACCCGAGUCCUCAAAAGAGAUAGACAAGCCUUCGACAUCCACCUCACUUCCCUCGUCUCAAACUCUGCAGUCUCCCAAACACACUAGGGGGCAAUCGCGAGCAUUCUUUUCAAAUUUCAAAGCCUCGAAAUCGUCCAGCCGCAUUCAACCGUCAGAGGCUUCUAACAAGCAGAUGACAGAGAGCCAGCCAGCCGCGAAGCAUGGCAGAGAUAAGACCAUCCAAGUAUAUCCAUCAGGACGAACGCUGAGCUCAACGCCGGAUUUACUCCAGUCCAGUCUCCUGGCUCAGUCAGAGGAUAUACCCGAAAAUGGGGAUGAUCGUCAAGAAAAUACUUCCGAAAGUCGGCCCGCUGGCGGAUCGGCUGGGUCUGAUACGCUCUCUUCAUAUCCUCCGGCAGAGGCCGGCCCUGUCAGAAGGAUGAAACCUCGGUUUACGCAUCUAUUGACACGGUCCCGCUCCACUCGGGUUGAUGACGCGAGUGCCAAGGGUAGAUAUCCUGCCUCAGCGAGACUCCUGCGUGUCGAAGACAGCGGCAGAGCUCUUACGGCCCCUGAAACGGGUGGCUUGAAGACCGCUCCGCUCCAUGACCGCGACAGGUCUUUUAGGGAUAUGAUGCACUCUACGAUCCGGAAUCGAUCAGCAGAUAGGCAUCAAUCUGCAGACUCCGAAGAUGAAAGUCUGGCUUCAUCCAAGGACAAUAAGAAGGAUAUUAAUUCAAGUUCUUCAUACCGAGAUGGGAGUGGCACGAGUUUCCUGAAUAAUAUCAAGUCUUCUUCGAGCAAAGCUGCGGAUGGUAUUGGGAAAGCAGGGAAAGGGAUCUUCAUAAAACUCACCCGAAGCGGCAGUAGCCACGAGAAAGAGAUCGUGCCAGACGACAAUUACGUAUGCACGAUUAUCAACUUGCCUUUGAUCGAGCAAACGCGUCGAACGCGGAUUUCAAAGCGGCUCGAGAUCUCUAGGGAUAAGACAGAGUUCUGGAUGCCUGCCCUACCCUGGCGCUGCAUCGACUAUCUGAACCUGAAAGGAACCGAGGAAGAAGGCUUAUACAGAAUACCUGGCAGUGGCCCUCGCGUAAGGGCCUAUCAGCGCCGAUUUGAUAGCGAGCUAGAUAUCGAUCUCUUCAACGAGGAAGAUCUCUAUGACAUCAACAUUAUCGGAUCAAUGUUCAAAGCAUGGCUUCGCGAGCUUCCAGACGAAAUCUUCCCCAAAGCAACGCAAGCAAAAAUUGCCGAACAGUGCGCGGGCGCGACGAAGACGCCGCAAAUGUUGAAGGAUGAACUGUCUCGGCUGCCGCCUUAUAAUUACUACCUUCUAUUUGCGAUUACUUGUCAUAUCAGUCUGCUGCAUGCGCAUGCGGAUCAGAACAAGAUGGACUACCGCAACCUGUGCAUCUGCUUUCAGCCUUGCAUGAAAAUUGACGGUUUCUGCUUUCAGUUCCUUGUCUGCGAUUGGAAAAACUGUUGGCAGGGGUGCUGGACCGAAAAGGAAGCUUUGGCUGAAGAGUAUCGGCUCGCUGAGUUGGCGAAGGCGCCAUCCAGUGCCGGCACUGCCACUACUUCUACUGAUGAGCGAUCUUUAUCCUCAUCGGAUAGUGCAAAGUUACCUGCCCAAAAUGCUUCCGGGAAACCUCGCGCAGAGCAGCAGGAAAGCUCGCACGGCGCGUCAGAGACACCACAGACCCCUUCAAAAAAGAGUGAACAUACUCGAACUAAUUCUAGAUUACCGGAAUUGUCUCCAGUGAAACCCUUGUCACCUAUUGGGAUCUAA